GCCACGGAUCUGGAGAGGAGAAGAUUAGAUUAGAUAAAAACUUUAUUGUCUGUUACAGAUUAAAUGGUGCAGUGGUGUAUUGACUUUCACAGUACAAUUGAACAUUCCAAUUCAGUUCAGAGCAUUGUUGAGUAGGACUAGUACACGAUUCUUUACAAGAUUUCUUUUUAUCAGGGAAACUCUCUAGUCUAGCCAGAAGUACAGGAGUGCACAAUUUGCCAAGAUUCCUCAGGUAGUCUAGCUGAGAAGUGCAGUCUGAAAUGACGCCACAGCUGCUGGCAUCAGUGAAAGAGGAGUCUGAGGACUGUGGUGGGUUCCCAAGUUCUGAUGGUUCUGAAAACAAAGUAUUGGAUCAGAACAACACAUUUGGAGAGGAGAAAAUCAGCUAUGAAGAAGUGCACUCUAAAAUGACGCCACAGCUGCUGACAUCAGUGAAAGAGGAGCCGGAAGAGGAGGACUGCAACGGUUUCGCCUGCUCUGAUCUACCAGCAAAUCAAACCGUGGGCCAGAAUCCUGCGUUGGAACCAGAGAUUAAAACUGAAAUGGCCGAGUCAUCUGCACUUCCUUCUCACCAGGGCUCCGAGAGGACUGUGCAUACUAAAGAUGGUGUUCAAAUGACCCAGCGAGACGGAGGACGGCAUACAGAGGAUGUUGGAUACACAGAAAUAAAAUAUCUUAAACAGCUGCAUCAAUUUCAUUGCUCACACUGUGAUAAGAGCUUUUCUAAAAUGAGCACUCUCAAGACCCACCAGAGGGUCCAUACGGGAGAAAAGCCAUUUCAAUGCUCUCAAUGCGGCAAGAGUUUUUGUCAAAUGGGUAAUCUAAAAAGACACCAGAUGAUACAUUCAGACGAGAAGCCAUUUCAGUGUCCUCAAUGUGGAAAGGCGUUUCGUGAAAUGGGAAGGCUCAAGGCCCAUCAGAUGAUCCAUACAGGGGAAAAGCCAUUUCAGUGUUCUCACUGCGGAAAAUCCUUUAGGGAAAUGGGCUUUCUUAAGACACACCAGAUGAUCCAUACAGGGGAGAAACCAUUUCAGUGCUCACACUGUGAAAGGAGGUUUAUAACGAUAGGCAAUUUGAAUGCUCAUCAGAUGACCCAUUCUGGGGAAAAGCCAUUUCAGUGUGAAUGUGGAAAGAGCUUUAGGGAAAUGGGCAGUCUGAAGAGCCAUCAGGCAAUUCAUUCAGGGGAAAAGCCAUUCCAGUGCUCUCACUGUGAAAAGAGCUUUGCCUUAAAUCGUCAUCUCAAGAAACACCAGAUGAUCCACACAGGAGAAAAACCAUUUCAGUGCUCUCAAUGUGGAAAGAGCUUUAGUCAAAAAGCACAUCUCCAGACACACCAGAUGAUCCAUUCAGGAGAAAAACCAUAUCAGUGUACUGACUGUGGAAAGAGAUUUAGAGAAAUGGGCACACUGAGGACCCAUAAAAGGAUCCACACAGGGGAGAAACCACACGAGUGCUCUGAAUGUGGAAAGAACUUUAGAGAAGUGGGCGGCCUCAGAAGGCAUCAGAUGGUCCAUUCAGCAGAACGGCCAUUUAUUCCCUUAGACUGUGGAAGGAGCUACUUGGACACCAUUGUGAAUGGGGGAGGCAACCAUUUUACUGGCCUGGUUUGA